UUACCGACGCCGGAGAAGCGACCAUGCUGUGGAAACUAGUCGAGAAUGUCAAGUAUGAAGAUAUUUAUGAGGACCGACAUGACGGAGUCUCCAGCCACAGUUCCCGUCUGUCCCAGCUGGGCUCCGUGUCGCACGCGGGACCUUACUCCAGCGCGCCGCCGCUGUCUCACGCGCCCUCCUCAGACUUCCAGCCUCCGUAUUUCCCGCCGCCGUACCAGCCGCUGGCGCACUACCAGAGCCAGGACCCGUACUCCCACGUGAGCGACCCGUACUCCCUGAACUCCCUGCACCAGAGCCAGCAGGGCGCGUGGGGCGCGCGGCAGCGGCAGGACGCGGCCGGGGAGCGGAUGGAUAGCUCGGCUCUCCUGGCGCAGCCGCGGGCGUCGCUGCCUCAGCUGUCCGGGCUGGACCCACGGCGGGACUACGGGGGCGUGAGGCGGCCCGACGUGCUGCUCCACUCCGCUCACCCGGGACUGGAUCCCGUGAUGGGCGACGGGCUCCUACACGGGCUGCACGGGAUGGAGGACGUACAGACCAUUGAAGACACCAAUGGAACAAACCUACUGGAUCAGUCAGUAAUUAAGAAAGUUCCGAUGCCGCCGAAGAACGUGGGCUCUCUGAUGCACGGGAAGGACGGACUGAUCAGCGGCGUGACCGUCAACAUUAACGAGGUGUUCUGUUCGGUACCGGGCCGCCUGUCGCUGCUCAGCUCCACCUCCAAGUACAAAGUAACCGUAGGGGAGGUGCAGAGGAGACUGUCCCCGCCGGAGUGCCUCAACGCCUCCCUGCUGGGGGGCGUGCUGAGAAGAGCAAAGUCAAAAAACGGUGGCAAAUGUCUGAGGGAAAAGCUGGAGAAGAUUGGACUGAAUUUACCUGCAGGAAGACGCAAAGCUGCCAACGUUACUCUGUUAACAUCUCUCGUAGAAGGUGAAGCGGUGCACUUGGCCCGGGAUUUCGGUUACAUCUGUGAAACAGAGUUUCCCACCAAAGCCGUGAGCGAGUAUCUCAACCGGCAGCACGCCGACCCCAACGAGCUGCACACGAGGAAAAACAUGCUGCUGGCAACGAAACAGCUGUGUAAGGAGUUCACAGACCUGCUGGCCCAGGACAGGACUCCCCUGGGAAACUCGAGGCCAGCUCCCAUCCUGGAGCCCGGCAUCCAGAGCUGCCUCUCCCACUUCUCCUUCAUCACGCACGGCUUCGGCUCUCCGGCUAUCUGCGCCGCGCUCACCGCCCUGCAGAACUACCUCACCGAGGCUCUCAAAGGACUCGACAAGAUGUUUCUCAACAACCCUCCCAACACCCGGCACAGUGACGCCGCCAACAAGGCGGUUGACAAAGAUGACAAGCAGCGGAAAUGA